AUGAGAUUUUUACACUUUCUAUGGAUCUUCUUCAUCAUACCCUUUUUGCAAAUUUUAUUAGGUAAUGAGAUUUUAUUGGUUUCCUCUCAAUGUCUUGAUGAUCAAAAGUCAUUGUUGCUGCAGUUGAAGGGCAGCUUCCAAUAUGAUUCUACUUUGUCAAAUAAAUUGGCAAGAUGGAACCACAACACAAGUGAAUGUUGUAACUGGAAUGGGGUUACAUGUGACCUCUCUGGUCAUGUGAUUGCCUUGGAACUGGAUGAUGAGAAAAUUUCUAGUGGAAUUGAGAAUGCAAGUGCUCUUUUCAGUCUUCAGUAUCUUGAGAGGCUAAAUUUGGCUUACAACAAGUUCAAUGUUGGCAUACCAGUUGGUAUAGGCAACCUCACCAACUUGACGUACCUGAAUUUAUCCAAUGCCGGUUUUGUUGGCCAAAUUCCUAUGAUGUUAUCAAGGUUAACAAGGCUAGUUACUCUUGAUCUCUCAACUCUUUUCCCUGACUUUGCCCAGCCACUAAAACUAGAGAAUCCCAAUUUGAGUCAUUUCAUUGAGAACUCAACAGAGCUUAGAGAGCUUUACCUUGAUGGGGUUGAUCUCUCAGCUCAGAGGACUGAGUGGUGUCAAUCUUUAUCUUCAUAUUUGCCUAACUUGACUGUCUUGAGCUUGCGUACUUGUCGAAUUUCAGGCCCUAUUGAUGAAUCACUUUCUAAGCUUCACUUUCUCUCUUUCAUCCGUCUUGACCAGAACAAUCUCUCUACCACAGUUCCUGAAUACUUUGCCAAUUUCUCAAACUUGACUACCUUGACCCUCUCCUCUUGUAAUCUGCAAGGAACAUUUCCUAAAAGAAUCUUUCAGGUACCAGUCUUAGAGUUUUUGGACUUGUCAACUAACAAAUUGCUUAGUGGUAGUAUUCCGAUUUUUCCUCAAAUUGGAUCAUUGAGGACGAUAUCACUAAGCUACACCAAGUUUUCUGGUUCAUUACCAGACACCAUUUCGAACCUUCAAAACCUAUCCAGGUUAGAACUCUCCAACUGCAAUUUCAGUGAACCAAUACCUUCCACAAUGGCGAACCUUACCAAUCUUGUUUAUUUAGAUUUCUCCUUCAACAAUUUCACUGGUUCCCUCCCAUAUUUCCAAGGGGCCAAGAAACUCAUCUACUUGGACCUUUCACGUAAUGGUCUAACUGGUCUCUUGUCUAGAGCUCAUUUUGAAGGACUCUCAGAACUUGUCUACAUUAAUUUAGGGAACAAUUCACUCAACGGGAGCCUUCCUGCAUAUAUAUUUGAGCUCCCCUCGUUGAAGCAGCUUUUUCUUUACAGCAAUCAAUUUGUUGGCCAAGUCGACGAAUUUCGCAAUGCAUCCUCCUCUCCGUUGGAUACAGUUGACUUGAGAAACAACCACCUGAAUGGAUCGAUUCCCAAGUCCAUGUUUGAAGUUGGGAGGCUUAAGGUCCUCUCACUUUCUUCCAACUUCUUUAGAGGGACAGUUCCCCUUGACCUCAUUGGGAGGCUGAGCAACCUUUCAAGACUGGAGCUUUCUUACAAUAACUUGACUGUUGAUGCAAGUAGCAGCAAUUCAACCUCUUUCACAUUUCCCCAGUUGAACAUAUUGAAAUUAGCGUCUUGUCGGCUGCAAAAGUUCCCCGAUCUCAAGAAUCAGUCAAGGAUGAUGCACUUAGACCUUUCAGACAACCAAAUAUUGGGGGCAAUACCAAAUUGGAUCUGGGGAAUUGGUGGUGGAGGUCUCGCCCACCUGAAUCUUUCAUUCAAUCAGCUGGAGUACGUGGAACAGCCUUACACUGUUUCCAGCAAUCUUGCAGUCCUUGAUUUGCAUUCCAACCGUUUAAAAGGUGACUUACUAAUACCACCUUCCACUGCCAUCUAUGUGGACUACUCGAGCAAUAAUUUAAACAAUUCCAUCCCAACAGAUAUUGGAAGAUCUCUUGGUUUUGCCUCCUUUUUCUCGGUAGCAAACAAUAGCAUCACUGGAAUAAUUCCUGAAUCCAUAUGCAACGUCAGCUACCUUCAAGUUCUUGAUUUCUCUAACAAUGCCUUGAGUGGAACAAUACCACCAUGUCUACUGGAAUAUAGUCCAAAACUUGGAGUGCUGAAUCUAGGGAACAAUAGACUCCAUGGUGUUAUACCAGAUUCAUUUCCAAUUGGUUGUGCUCUAAUAACUUUAGACCUCAGCAGGAAUAUCUUUGAAGGGAAGCUACCAAAAUCGCUUGUCAACUGCACGUUGUUGGAGGUCCUGAAUGUUGGAAAUAACAGUCUUGUUGAUCGUUUCCCAUGCAUGUUGAGGAACUCAACCAGCCUGAAGGUCCUAGUCUUGCGCUCCAAUAAAUUCAAUGGAAAUCUUACGUGUAAUAUAACCAAACAUAGCUGGAAGAAUCUCCAGAUCAUAGAUAUAGCUUCCAACAAUUUUACUGGUAUGUUGAAUGCAGAAUGCUUUACAAAUUGGAGAGGAAUGAUGGUUGCAAAAGAUUACGUGGAGACAGGACGCAAUCAUAUCCAGUAUGAGUUCUUACAACUAAGUAACUUGUACUAUCAGGAUACAGUGACAUUAAUCAUCAAAGGCAUGGAGCUGGAGCUUGUGAAGAUUCUUAGGGUCUUCACAUCUAUUGAUUUCUCUUCCAAUAGAUUUCAAGGAAAGAUACCAGAUACUGUUGGGGAUCUUAGCUCACUUUAUGUUUUGAACCUGUCACACAAUGCCCUCGAGGGACCAAUUCCAAAAUCAAUUGGGAAGCUACAAAUGCUUGAAUCACUAGACCUGUCAACAAACCACCUGUCCGGGGAGAUCCCCUCAGAGCUUUCAAGUCUCACAUUCUUAGCAGUUUUGAACUUAUCGUUCAACAAUUUGUUUGGAAAAAUCCCGCAAAGUAAUCAAUUUGAAACAUUCCCAGCAGAAUCCUUUGAAGGAAACAGAGGCCUAUGCGGGCUUCCUCUUAACGUCAUUUGCAAAAGCGAUACUUCAGAGUUGAAACCAGCACCAAGUUCUCAAGAUGACUCUUAUGAUUGGCAGUUCAUAUUUACGGGUGUGGGAUAUGGAGUAGGGGCAGCAAUCUCCAUUGCACCUCUGUUGUUUUACAAGCAAGGAAACAAAUACUUUGACAAACAUUUGGAGAGAAUGCUUAAACUGAUGUUUCCUAGAUACUGGUUCAGUUACACCAGAUUUGACCCUGGGAAGGUUGUGGCUGUGGAACACUAUGAAGAUGAGACCCCAGAUGACACCGAAGAUGACGAUGAGGGGGGAAAAGAAGCAUCUCUUGGGCGUUAUUGUGUCUUCUGUAGUAAACUUGAUUUUCAGAAAAAUGAAGCAAUGCAUGAUCCAAAAUGCACUUGUCAUAUGUCAUCAUCCCCCAAUUCUUUUCCUCCUACGCCGUCCUCUUCUUCACCUUUAUUAGUCAUAUAUCACAAAAAGUUUUGAUUCUUAAGCUUCUUCAUAUCUGCACAUUUGUAAUCUGUAUAUAGUUACAGGUAGCACAGGAUUG